AACUAUUUCUGUAUAAGUAAUAUGUUUUCUUUCUGUCUGUUAAUAAUCAUGUGGAACUGCAUAUGAUUAUUGCAGCUAGCAGGUUCACAGCAAAAAUGCCAGUGUUGAUUUUUCAGUGUUAGUUGAAUUCAACAGAGUUCGGAGUCUGAUCAACACUUAAUCGAGUUAAAAUACCACAUCGGGAGUGGAUUCCUGAAAAGUGUUAGUGUGGAUUUUAGUUGUUACUGCAUUUUAACACUAUGAGUUUUAAAUUAGACCACACCCUCAUUUCCUGUGGAGCAGCGCAUUUCAGAAUCUUCUUCGGUCGCCAUCUUUUCUUGCUGCUGCGAUGUCAUCAUGUUGCUGAAAGUCAAGUACCAAAGUUCCAAGAAGUACAUACGGUUACAGCCAGGUUUCACAUACUUGGAGUUCAUCAGUGAAGUGAAAAACAAGUUUGGACUUCCUGAUGUUACUGAACUGCACAUUUUUGAUGAGACUGACACAGCGGUGGAGGAAGACAUCUUUCUUGAACUUAUAGAGGCCAAUCCUGACAUAUGCCUGACUGUAUGUGACAGUGCAGCAGGAGAUGCUCAUUCAACAUCAUCGUCCCUCACGGAUACCAUGUCUCUGUCCUCAAGUGACAGUGAUCUUCACAGAGAUUUGGGGAUCCCCGUUACUGGAAGUAGACUGAGCACUGGGGCCAAGAACAAGCCUACCACAGAAGUUUCAGAGUCAGAGGCUGCAAAAGAGAUGGUAGAAAAUGCAUUGCGCAUAAAACCUGGAGGUGAGGAUGUCUUGGAGGAGUACAAGUCUGAGAAAUCACUGCAGCAUCGCACGCGCAGGCAGCUUGUUAACAUACUAGCUAGUCACAUGACUGAGAUGCAUGGGAGGAUUCCUUCACGUAAGCAGAAAGAGAAGUAUGCCUUGGGAAUCAUUACACUUUUUCCUUCGCUGAAGGAUCCUUUUUCUCCAAAAGGCUAUGAGCACUUCUAUGAUGGAGAAAAAGGCACAGGAUAUUUAGCAUGGCGCCUCAAAACCAUGUCCAGGAGUAGAGAUCGGAGGCCAGAGAAGGUAGCCACAUCUCCUCAAGCGCAAGGACCAAACCGCAGAAGAUCAACAGUGACAGUGCCUCAACAGCUUGAUGGAGAUGCCUGCAGGGAGGCACAAUUUCUCUUUGGACAUAAUGCACGACAUUCUCGAAGGGGUGGCUCAGUAUGAGAUAAAGUUACUGAAGGAGUGUCUUUCUGAAAAUGUUUUGUCAAAAAAUGAUCUGCUUUCAAGAGUUUACGCUUUUGAUUACGGGUAUUUGGAGCGCAAAAAUCGUCCUACAAGGAUUAACCUGGACAACAGUGGUAAUAGCAUAGGGCUCAAUUCCAUGCAGACUCUUUGCCUUGUAAGAAACCUUCCACUCAUUUUUGGUGAUCUUCUGCCUGAGGGAAACCCAAACUGGACUUUGCUGUUGCUUUUAUUACAGAUCAUUAACAUAAUAUUUUCUCCUUCUCUUACAUUAGGCAUGACUAUACAUUUGAAGCAUUUGAUAAUAGAACAUCAUGUUUUGUUUAAACAGUUGUAUCCAAAUAGGAACCUCAUCCCAAACCAUCACUUUAUGAUACACUAUCCUUCCUGCAUAAGAAAAAUUGGGCCUCUGAUACAUAUGUGGAGCAUGCGAUUUGAGGCUAAACAUAAGGUUUUCAAAAAUACUGUAAAAAACUUCAAAAAUGUUACAAAGUCACUUGCAAGAAAACAUCAAAUCUUCAUAGGAUACCACUGGGAGACGUCACCUUUAAACCACAUCGAAUAUGGACCCUUAAAAUCAUUUAAUUUGGACCGUGAGGACAAUACACAGAUGUUUGCAAGAGCACUGCAUGCUGCACCGAGAGACUUAUUUUCUUCUAGCUGGAUCAAAUUUUCUGGAACAGAGUACAGAAAAGGACUAAUCAUUUGCAUUAAUGUUGAAAAUGAAAUGCCUGUAUUUGGUAGAAUAACAACGAUCCUCUUAGCUGACAGUACUACGUUCUUCCUUGUGGACAAACUUCAAUGAGCAUUUUCAUGCCUACAGAGUGUUUGAGACUGAUGAAAAGGAUGUUAUAAAAGCAGACAAUCUUAUCAUUUACAAACCCUUUGACCUGCAACAUGCACAUACUGGUGUUGACUGUUUAUAUGUUGUUCCUUUAUUUUAUUUGUAGUUGUAUUAAGGCAGCAAAUUGGUGGCCAGUUUGUAUUGGUG